AUACAAGUGAGCUUAGGCAUGUCCACACCUAAAGGGUAUUCUCAUAUAUCAUUCCAUUUUUAAUUUACUCUUAUAUUUUAAAUGAUACUAUCAUUUUCUAUAUUUUACUUUCAAAAUUUGUUUUGAUUGAUUAUCAAAAGGCUGUACCAACCUGUGUCCAUAAUUAUGGCUUUCAUAUUGUUAUCUUUAUUGACACUCCAGAGGAUUGUGGAGAACUCAAGUCAUAUGAAGAGGGGAAAGUAUGCGCAGCUAAAGCGCGGGUCCACUGAAGUCUUCUGUCGGGCUAUUUUCUCAAGAUUUAAAUUUAAAAGUUUUUCUAUGUGCAGGGGGGACAAUAGCUUGACACCUGAGGACAAUGACUUGAAAAUGCCAAUGAUCUUUGUUGUCUUAGGAAAAGGUGGAUCUGAAGGUGCUAUGGCUUUUGGUGGUGCCAAUAACGUGCCCAUGCUUUUAACUUACCAUCUCCUUGUGCACGAUCAUCUUCUCCUAAUUUCUUCUCUGCAGCUGAUAAACUCUUCCAAGAAAGCUCUUCUUGUCUUGGGUUCUUCUCUGCGGCUGAUAAUCUCUUCCAAGUAGGGUCUUCAUAUCCCGGGUUGUUCUUCUCUGCAGAUGAUCGUCUCUUUUGAGCAUGCUCUUCUUGCCCUGGUUUGUUCUUUUGGUGCAAAGCAUGACUUUUUUUUGAAGUCCUCGGUUGAUUAUUCUCAAGAAAUUUGAUCAGUUUUCUGGUUUCUUCUUUGUUUGUUCUGAUUGUUUUAUUUACAUGGUCUAUUCCUCGUUAAAAUUGUUCCAUUCAUCCUUGUUAAGAGUGGUCCAUUGAUGAUAUUAGCUUCUAUUUUUUCGCACUAAUUGAUUUUUAUAUUAAAC